UACUGCAUACUCACUUAGCAUCCUCCUGCAAGGCAAAGUUAAUAUUUGAGCCAGCAGGUGUACAGCAAACUAAAAGCAUUGUGGGUUUUUUGUGUGUGUUUGUUUUUCGCUCUACUGGGGUUUGACUUCAUGACGUGCCGGCUAUGGAUUUAUAUGCGUGAGGAUGGAUGUGGAGUGCUGCAUCGCGCACACUGUGGUCAGUGAGCACAAACUUGUGGAUUAUCAGUGACCCCGAGCGCUGGGGGAGACAGGUGCUGAAGCUGCUGGAGGUUAUUGUGGCUGAGGCUGCUGGUGGCUGCAGCACUUUGCAAAGUGACUUAUCUGAAAAAAAGAGCAGGAUCUGGAUCCUGAGCCAGGGUGCCAGGUGACUAUAUGGCCACUAAAAUAGAAGACACCGGUAUUUCUUAUUAGUGACCUUAUACAUCAAAAUAAGGAGGUUUGUGUGGAUUUACAGUGUUUGGCUGCUUUUGCUAUUGGAGUUUACAGGCAACUAUGUCACAACCAAGGGACAGGAUUCAUUCCAAAAAAGCAGGGAUACGAGCAGCUGUGGUUCUUAUUGGAUUGCUGCAUAAAUCACGGAAACAGAUUAGAGAACGAAGGAAGCAGGAGCUGUCCAGCACUUCAGAAGUGACCAUUCCGGAUCGCCCUGUUUCACCACCUGCCACUGCACCACCAAACAUGAAGUCUGCAGAGUUCUUUGAGAUGCUGGAAAAGAUGCAGGCACCGAAAUUGGAAGAACAUAGGAGUGGAAGUCAGAAAAACAAGGAAGAUUAUAUACCAUACCCCAGCAUCGAUGAGAUUCUUGAGAAAGACACAACAUACCCUCUGGUCAUACUUCCUCAGUUUGGUGGUUAUUGGAUAGAAGAUCCUGAAAACAUCAGCACGCCAACUUCUUCAGACAGUAGCAUUUGUGAUGAUGAAGAGGAACCAACAAGUCCCAGCACAUAUGGAUAUAAGCUGGAAUACAAAGGUUCAGCACGGGCCUACAGAAAGCAUUUCUUGGGGAAGGACCAUUUGAAUUUUUACUGUACUGCAAGUAGCCUUGGGAACUUGAUCCUUUCGAUUAAAUGUGAAGAAUCUGAAGGCAUUGAGUAUUUAAGGAUUAUACUCAGGUCUAAAGCAAAAACUCUACAUGAACGAAUACCAUUGGCCGGAUUUAGUAAGCUUCCCAGCGUCCCUCAAAUUGCCAAGGCGUUAUGCGAUGAUGCCACGGGACUAAAAUUCAAUCCUGUUCUCUACCCUAAGGCUUCUCAAAUGAUUGUUGCCUAUGAUGAACAUGAAAUUAACAACACAUUCAAAUUUGGGGUUAUAUAUCAGAAACUCAAACAAACAUUAGAAGAAGAAUUAUUUGGAAAUAAUGAAGAGAGUUCAGCAUUUAAAGAGUUCUUGUCUUUACUUGGAGACACUGUUUUACUUCAGGACUUCAAAGGGUUUCGUGGUGGGCUAGAUGUAGCACACGGACAGACUGGUACAGAAACAAUUUACUCUGUCUUCAGAGAAAAGGAAAUCAUGUUCCAUGUAUCCACCAAAUUACCAUUUACUGAAGGAGAUAACCAGCAGCUACAAAGGAAAAGGCACAUUGGUAAUGACAUAGUGGCAAUUAUUUUCCAAGAAGAGAACACCCCUUUUGUCCCGGAUAUGAUUGCAUCUAAUUUUCUGCAUGCUUACAUCGUAGUACAGGUGGAAAACCCAGAAACUGAAUACACAACAUACAAGGUAUCAGUGACUGCUCGGGAAGAUGUACCAUCUUUUGGACCUCCUUUACCAAAUCCACCAGUAUUUCAAAAAAAUUCUGAAUUCCGUGAAUUUUUGCUGACCAAACUUAUUAAUGCUGAGCAUGCAUGCUGUAAAUCGGACAAGUUUGCCAAGCUUGAGGAUCGAACAAGGGCUGCUCUUUUGGACAAUCUUCAUGAUGACCUUCAUGUACACACACAAGCCAUGCUUGGACUUGGUCCAGAAGAAGACAAACUAGAAAAUGGAGCUCAUGGGGGCUUCCUUGAGUCAUUUAAGCGAGCAAUUCGAGUUCGUAGCCAUUCCAUGGAAACUAUGGUGGGCAGUCAGAAGAAGCACCAGUCAGGAGGGAUCUCUGGAAGCCUAAGUGGAGGCAUUGUUCAUACAAGUGCAGAAAUAACAAAAACGACCUUUUCUCCUCCAGCAGUUGUCUCUAAGACACAGUCAAAGAGCCCCAUAAAACGAAGAUCUGGUCUCUUUCCUCGUCUGCACACAGGAACAGAAAACCAGCCUGAAAGUCGGACACGAUGUGAUAGUGUUUCUGCGACCCAGAGAAUCACAGAGGGUGGACAUUCAUCCCAGGAUGUGAAAUCAGAAACUUCUUCAAAUCCCAGUUCUCCAGAGAUAUGCCCCAAUAAAGAGAGACCUUUUGUUAAACUGAAGGAAAAUGGACGAUCCAACAUUUCUCGGUCAUCAUCAAGUACAAGUAGUUUUAGCAGCACAGCUGGAGAAAGUGAAGCCAUGGAAGAAUAUGAGAGUGCGGGAAGUCAACCUUUGACUGCAUCUCCCUUUAAACAGGAAGUGUUUGUCUACAGCUCGUCACCUAGCAACGAGAACCACACUGCCAUCACCCCUGUAAUUAUGAGCAGGAGCCCCACAGGUGUGUCUUUUGAUAUAAAGAGUAGAAAUUCUCCACGAUCCAACCUCAAAUUCCGUUUUGAUAAACUCAGCCAAUCAAGCUCCGGCUCAAGUACAUGAGACAAUGUUCAACUGAAGAUGAUCUCUAAUACUCAAAUCUGACCUGCAAAGGUAUUCACUCCAUGAAUAAUUACUGCCACGAAGCAUUAAUGGAUAUAUUUAAGUACCAAGCUGUUCCCCACAAAUUGAAGGAACUGCUUUAGUGCACUCCCUUUGUCAAGUGAGACUUGUCUUGUGAAUGGAGUCCUAUUCUGUUAUCCUGAUCUGUUCUAUCCAACACAGAAUUCUCAUAGUCAUCUUAGUUGAAGAAAACCGUCAUUUUGUACCUGAAGCAUCUUAUCUCCACGGUCUUUUAACUAAAAAACACCUUCUCACCGUGUGCCAAUCAUAGAAGUGAUUAACAGAUAUCAUGCAGUCCGCUGUUAUAGCUGCAUAUCAUCCAGAUGUUGGACUUUCCAUCAAGUGGUGCUUGGAAUAGGAUACAAUGACAAUAUUGAUGCUGCUUCUUCAUUCCUGCCUAGAGUCUACCAGAAUAUAAUUUCUGCCAUUUCAACUAAAUCAUUUAUUACCUCUGUCAUACGUGUUACUGGGUGGCACUGGCAUGUUGAAAACAGCUGUCAUUAUGUUUGUGUAAUGUGGAUUUUGUACAAUGUAUCUACACGUGAAAAGGUACCUGGUAAAACAGAGCCAUGAACCUAGCUUAUUAUCUUCAAUUCCUACUAACAUGAUUGAGCUAUAGUUGUUUUGGGUUAUUUAAAGUUAAUUAUGUGGCUUAGUCAUAAUCGCCAAUAUUUCUAUAUUGUUAUUAUACUAUGUUUAACAUAAUAUUAAAUGUGUUUCAUUACAAUAUGGAGCUCAAUAAUAUAAUACUGUUUAUUUUUAUUGUGACAGAGAUCACAUUUUGAGAUGCAAAAAUAUAGGUCUAAACCACUUCAUUAUCUACCUCUAUAGUGGUUCAUGAAAUCAGCAGGAAAGCAGUUUGUCUCAAUCCUAUGUAUAAAAUAAAAAUGAACUAUUGUGGGAGGCAGCAUACCCUGUUGAGCUAAAAAUACUGUCAACACAAUAAGAAGUACCUUUUAUGAUGUAAUCCUUAGAAGUCAUGUUAUUUUAUAUGAGUUAUAAAAGAGAAACGUACAUCUCAUUCUGCAUAGAAAUCUGAGGUGUAGCACCCAUUUAUCAUUAUAAAAAUUGUAGACUGACCAAUAUAAUUUUUUUAUGCAUCAUAAUACAAUACAAUACAAAUAAUUAGUGUUAAUAGGAAUACAUUGCUGUUAGGCUGUGUUACACAAUUGCUUGUUUUCACAGACUCAAUUCAAUUAUUUUGAUGAAUUAACUGUAUAAUCUAUUUGGAUUUAGACAUCCAGGACCCAUAAUUGUAUUUUAGGUACGCUAAUAUGUCUAUGAGUUCAUUUUUAUAAGCCCUGGUAACAACUCUUUAUUGUAGGGAUGUAUUCCAGCUGCUUUUCCAGAUAAAUAUAUUUUGAACCAGUUAGAGAAACAUAUUUUCCUAUUCUUGAUCGCAUUUAAAUAGUCUCCAGAUGUUUGUACCAUUCCUAGAAUAAGUUAGCAUUGACAAUUGUCUUUGUAGACUAUAAACAAGGAUUAAGUGUUAAAGGGACACUAAAUACGAUAGGAAAUAAUAUAGUCAGAGCAAAAACUACCCUUAGAAUAAUAUACACAUAUUUUCUAAAAUUAGAUUAAUUUUAAGUGUAAUGUGUUAGUCUACAAAAGUAAUGGCUGCUGACAUGUUGGUACCUAGGGAAUAUGCCCAUUACCUUAUUUUAGCUCAUUGAGGACGAGUUAUAUCUGUUUAUCUAGAAUAAACAUCUUAAACUGUUUAAUGUCUGUUGAAAGGGAAGAAAACACUAUAUAAACUAAGAUGUUCUAUUUGUCAGUCAGAAUCCAUGACUGUAUAUUGAGGAACGUGUGAAGCAUACCCCAUAAGGUAUAAUAUGCGGCUUUGGGGAGCUAUUAAGAAAUGUUUAGAAUAGUCAUGUACAAUUAAAAAAUUGCGCCAAAUACUAGUUAUAUCAUAAAGGCAACAGGAGUUGAGGUUGAAUGACCUGCAAGAUAUGACUGUAGUAGGAUUUUUAACAAUACUUUGAAUCCUACUACAAAACUUAGAGUUUGCUCACAGUCAUUUAGAAAAAUGUAUCUAAUGAUUUAUUUACAAAAUCCCAAGAGACUUUAAUGGUGUUUUUCUGUUGAAAAUUAUUAGUUUUUUUCUAAAGGAUUAUAAUUAACCCCUUCUUUAGAAAACUUACAAUAGGAUAUUUAUUUGACUCUCUCAUUGUUAAAGGUCAGGCUAAUGGCUAUAUUUAUAUUUCCUAGCUUAAUUGCAUUAUUUCCAACCACAUAGCCGAGGCAAAUGUUAAUGAUACAUUUAUUUCAGUUUUGUUUAACAUGAUCCUAGUGUAACAAAUUAAGUGGUGAAUACAUGUAUGAUGUGUAUUUUCCAAUUAGUGGUUCAAAAGGCUCUGGGGAGCAAAUCUUAGGUUACAAUUUAAAUAGACACAGCAAUUACCAGUGGCACCCUCAGGACUCAAGCCAGAAUGAAUGGGGGGGUGAAAGCGGGAUAAGUGCAAUCCGUGUCACUCAAGGAGAAGUUGCUAUGAUAAGCUGAAUAGGCGGGCAUCCAGCUUGACUCAUCCACAGUCCCCAUACAUAAAGGAAUAGUAGAAAUCACCAUAGAGUCCGUCUUUAUAAUAAAAUAUCCAUGUUUAUUGAGACAAGCGUUAAAAACAUAAAAACAAAAAUGGUAAACAAAAAUAAAGCGUUAGUACAUAGUACUGAUAACUCACAUCAUACGUGUUUCAGUUCCUGCCUUUCUCGAUUACGUUAGUACUAAUUACCUUCCCGUUACCCUAUUUAUACCAUUUCCUUUAGUGAAUUCAAACAAUCAGUUAACCCUAUACACUCUGAACAACUCCUCUUGGAGUUCUGAUAUGUUGCAAUUGUAAUCAUGUAGUUCAAAAUUUGUAAAAUGAUAAAUAUAACAUUUAUCCAUUUGUUAAAUAUAUACAAACUUGCAACUAAGAACAAUCUCACAGAAGAGGUUUAAUACGGAAUCCUAAUGUGGCUUUGCAAAUUAUAUCUACCAAGUUACUAAUGAUAUAUAAGAAUAUUAGUAUAUUAGUAUAAGCAGCGGGAGAUGGAAAUAUAAACUGACAUCACACUCUUUAUUCAUUCCUUGUGGAUGGCGAGUUUGCAAAGUAAAAACCCAAUAUACUUCCCUUUGAUCCCGUCUGUGCUCCCUAUCUCCCCUCGUGGAUGUCUUUAGACAUGCUCUAUUGCCUGAAAUCCACAUUUGUAAAUACCAGCAUUUUUCUCAAUAAACCUGGAUAUUUUAUUAUAAGGAUAGACGCUAUGGUGAUUUAUACUACACUUAGAUAAGGUUAUUUUUAGUAAUUCAUUUAUAUGGCAAACUACUUUAAAACAUUAAGGGCUAGAUUACGACUGGAGUGCAAAUGUUUGCACCCGAGCGAUAUGUAAACACUAUCGCUUGAAUGUAAUUGAGAUUUACGUUAGAAUGAUUACUGUGACUUCAGAGCUCUGGUUAACUGUUUUGCAAAACAAAAAAGUUGCACAAAAUACAUCAAAAAUACAUUAUAAAGUACAGUUACUCUCAUAAUAACACCAUCUAAUAAAAAACAUGUAAAAGCAUAUUUAUGCCAUAUUCAAAUUUAACCCCUUAAUGACCAAAACACACACUUUACGUUGCUGGUCAUUAAAGGGAUUGCCUUCUUAUAAUAGCGCAGGUCUUACCAUGCUAUAAAAAAACAACCUCCCAUAGAAAGACCAGAAAUUUACAGGGGUUAAUAAAGGUUUUAACUGUGCAUUUACUGUAAAUGUUUCACAUUCCAUUGUUCUGUACAUAGCAUAAUAUGUUCUAUGUAUUUAUAAAUAGAUAUUCCUUUAUAUAACUGUAUAUAUCUAAACCUUUCUUUAAUUAUAUAGGUAUAAAUAUAUAUUGUAUUAAAAUACCAUCAGAUAUAUGUAUAAAUAUGUAUUUGGGAAUAAAUAAAACAUAUUCUGCUAUGCGUAGAACAUUGGAAUGUGAUGUAUUCAUAUUUUAAUGUUGGGUUAGCGCUAAUGAGAAUAUGCGAUCAGGUUUGUGCGGGAUUUUUUUCCAUAUUUUAUUUUUUCAUUGAUUCCUACGGGGUAAUACGUGAGCACACACACAAUAUUCUAACAUUGGCUUUUUGCGCUUGUCGGGGUAGCACAAGAGCAAAAACAGUAUACUUUCAAUUCAAAAUACAAGCGCAACCCGACAAGCGCAAAAAGCUUACUUCUGGCACAAUUUACGCUCAAGCAGAAGCAUUAAUUUUUGCUCCACUCAUAAUCUGGCCCUAAAAUAGGGAUCAAAUAGAUCAUGUCACUUUAAUAACUUAGGCUAGUUUACAUUCCAGUUGCAAAAUUUGAGCUGGUAAGAAAAAGCAACUAUUUCCAUUAAAAUCAAGCAGAAUGUUACAAAUGGAUUGUAAUCUAUAUCAUUGUUUCUCAACCGCGGUCCUCAAGUACCCUCAACAGGCCAGGUUUUUAUUAUAGCUGAACAAGUGCACAGGUGAAAUAAUCAGCGGAUGGGUGAGAGCAGGUUAGUAACCACAUGGUGUUACUGAUCAGCUGAUUACUUCAGUACUUGAGGACCGUGGUUGAGAAACACUGAUCUAGACAAAGGGUGAGUUUACAUCACUGGUGUUAAAAAUGCUGUUUACCAUUAAAAUAGCUGUUAAAAAAAAGAUAUCAUCUGGCAGUUGACAGAUUUAUCCGGUUCCUGUUUUGCUCUCACCAAAUCAUACUGUAGAAAGUUAUUUUUUUUUGUUUCAAUUGAAGUAAACUAUUGGAUUUUUAUAGUCUACUGUUAAUCGACUCAACUUUUCGGUUACCUCUCCAAGGUGUAAAUGGUCCAAAUGUCCUUUACAGCAAGAUUAAAUUGUGGUUUCUAAAUUAUUAUUUUUUAAAUUUGAAUAAACAGACAUUAAAAGUUACAUUAAUAUAAAUGUCUAUCUGAACAGAUAUGAUGUAUAAUCAUAAUGUUUAUAUGUUUGACACUAUAACCUUUAAAAAUAGAACUCAUAAUCAUACAUACAUUAUGUUUUUAUGACUUAUCAUAACAGAGCAUUGUAUUAUUUUCAUAUAGACAGAGAUUUUAUUUAUUAAUCAUACUUUUGUUGCAAAUAAAAUUAAAUUUAUUAAAUGCUGAGACAUUAUAUAUAAAAGUAAAAAAGAAUUAAUAAUUAUAUAAAAAAGCUAUUUUUUUAAACCAGCAAGAAAAAUAACUAAACAGUAGUCUUGUCAGAGUUCUAUAUUAAAUAGUCUAUUAAAUACGUUUAUAAAUAUAUUUGCAUGACUAUUGCAGCAGAGUUGAUCACAGGUGAAGAUAGCAUAAUACGUUUCUAACGCCAUCAGGUUACAGUUGCUAAGCAGAAUAUUCAGAGGUGCUUAUUUUACUCUGAAAACUAUCAAUUCUUAGAAUGUUAAAUGAAAAUAAAGGAAGGGAUAAAGUUGAUGAGUUUUCCAUCCAUUUGUAAAAUGGAAUGAAUAAGUAUUUAAACCUAGUGAAAGGAAGCAAAGCAAAUAUCCCUUUACGCCAGCCAAAUGGUUUUAUGCUUUAUGCCUCAAAACACUGCCUUAGUGGGUGCUUAUUUUUCCAAUUAAUUUGUCUAAAUUAUACAAAAGCCAAAAUUAAUUAUUAUAGCAGUGAGAAAUAUAGCAAGUGUUCCUUCUAAAGUUUUGAAAGGAAAAUGUAGAGAACUUAAAGCACCUAUCAAGUUUGUUUUAAUAUAUGCACAUUGUGUAGAGUAAGCUAACUAGCAUAAAUUCUUUUUUUCUAUGAGCCCCUUAGAGCUAGGUACAGUAUAUUUAUAUUUAAUCCUUUUGCAUAUAAAUGUAACAGAAUAGAUAGUCCCAAAUACCAAAUUAUUCAGGACUGGCCUCACAAGAUUAUGUUUAUAGGUUCAUUCAUGAAGCACAGCAUGUCUAACUACUAACAAACCAACAUGUUAAAAAUAAAAACAAACAAAUUAAAUGGUUCAAAAUAUAUUAUUUCUAGUUUAUUAGGAUUUUAGCAAAACUCUAUAGCUACUAGGCUUAUCUGUAUAUUAUACGUAGUUCCUCAUUUCAUAUCACAAUUUCCAUAGUUGCCUCUGCUGUGCAAGUCACGGAUCACCGAACGUUGACAUCCUAAAUGAAAUCAUGCAAUGUCUCAUAUGGUUAGGUUUUUCACUUUUGUAAGGAGUACAAAAAAAUGAUUAAUACUUUACCUUAAAAACAUGCCAAAAGAGAAGCACUCAACCAAUGUAAUGUAUUAAUUAGCUUAAAAUUAAUAGUUUACAAAACAAAAUUCUGUCGGUCAUAUGUAAGAAAAGCUAAACACAUUUUGCUAGAUUAACAUUUGUGAGCAGUUAAUAAUGUGCAACACAUUAUUUUGCGCUCAGCCUUGCACAAAUACUAAAUCAUGAUUGGGUAUUAAGUUAUUGGUUAAAAUGCACCUUAACCUCAUCAUUUUAACACACUUGAUACAUAAAUAGAGCAUUGUACAUCUAUGGAAAACAGUAGUAUUGCGCUUAUUGCAUUCGUAUUACAAGUUGUUGGUUGAGUGUUACGAUUGUGUUAGCACUUUUGAAAACCAGGUAUUAAGUGUUAUUGCCAUUGUGCAUUCAAAAAAGUGUAUAGUAAAGGACACCUGCACGAUCCAAUAUGGAUAAUGUAACACACAUUAUACUACUGUAUGCACAAUAUUUACUAACUAGGGAUGUUAACGCUCCAUACUGCUAGCAUUUUUGUGCUCCACUUGUAGUCUGAUAUCGUGAUACUUAGGUAGGCAUCCAGCACUACAUGACAGGAAUAGUGCUGACAUCUAGUGCUCUUGCAAAUUGAUAAAAUUCUUCCAAAAUGGCUGCCAUAUAGUGCUCCAGAAAUGGGCCAGCACCUAUGCAUACGUUCCUGCUUUUCAACAAAAGAUACCAAAAGAAUGAUAAGAGGUCAAUUAGAAAGUUGUUUAAAAUUGCAUGCAAUAUCUGAAUCAUGCAAGAUAAUUUUUUUGUUUCAUAUCCUUUUAACAUGUCAUUGCCUUUAGCUUGUUACUACUAUCGGGUUUCAGCAAUUUUAUUCUUUACAGUUCCAUAGUUGUAUACAACACAUAAAAGGAUUAGAAGAAAAACAUUGAGCUUACUAAACUAAAACACUUUCAAAUGAACUUAACACCCUGGAACUCAUGUUUAAUGUGAACUGCAGAGACCAAAAAUAAUAAAAUAAAUGCAGUUUUACUUAAGAUUGGAACAAAAUGAAAACAAGUAUUUGCAUAAGACAACUAUAUAUGCUUGAAUCUCUUUAAUUACACAUACAGCGACCAUCUUGGUUACAAGUGCAGUAAAAAAGCAUAGGAUUUAUGGGAUUUCUCACCAAGAGACGGCUUAUAUUUUAUAUGGACUCCUCCAGUUUUAUUUCAUUUAUGGGGGAAGCUUUCCAAAAGAAUGAUAAAACCCCAAAGAUAAAGCCAAUAAUUAAAUAUAUGUCUCUGAACCACAUAUAUAAUACAACUUAUAAUGAUAAAUAACUUUAAACUUUUCCAUUUCUGUAUAGACAGGUUGGGUGCAUAAAUAUAAAAAAUAGUUAGUGUAAUGGUCCAAUUUUCUAAAACAGACCAGUUAAUGUGGUGCAUAGGAAAAUAUUAUAGAAAUCUUUUUAGUUUUACUGUUACCAUUUAUGAGUGAUUUUUUUGUUUAAAUGAAUGUCAGUGCUAAAUAAAAACUGUAUAAUGUGGAACUGCAAAUACUUACACAGUUUAGGAAGCUCAGAAGAUAAUAGGGCAAUUAUUCGUUAUGUACAAAUGAAUUUAAUUUGUGGUCUAAUUAUAUACAGUAUGCAUUUGUAGGCAAGCUGUUUUGUCCUGUACCAAAAAGUUUACAUUUAUUUGUUUUGGUGGCUGAAGUCGACAGGAUAUAAGAUUAGGUCACAAAAGGAAAAUGCAUCAUGUUUAAAUAUAUUUAUUCACAUCAAUUUCCACCAAAGAUGAUUUUUUAAGGAAAUACUGAAAAGUUGUGUUAUGACAAUUUUAAAAUCUAUUUGAUCAAGUUCAGUGAUUUUAACUCCAGUCCUGAAGUACUCACAAUAGGCCAGAUUUGCAGGAUUUCCUAGAUAGUGCUAAUUAGUGGCUACAUUGGGGGUACUUGACGACUGGGGAUGUGAAUUCUACUUGGCAUUAUUGUUCACCCUAAAACACUGUUUUUCAAACCCUUCCUCAGGCCUCCCUAACAGGCCAGAUUUUGAGGAUAUCUGGACUGGAGAACAGGGGAAAUAAUCAGCCGGUUAGUAAACAUGGUUAUUUUACCUGCUCUAAUCCAAGGUAUUCCUGAAAAUCUGGCCUUUUGGGGAGGCCUGAGGGACAGGUUUUAAAAACAGCUCCCUAAAAGAAAAGGCUCAUAAGAGGUAAAAAAAUAAAAUAAAGUAAAAACAAUAUACUUUUAUCAUUUUAUAUCACAAAAGACUGGAAUUUGGGUUAGAUCUAACUUGUUCUUUCCAAAUGAUUUCUAGGUUUUGUCUUAAACGUUGUCUUGUAUCCUGUCUCAUCUUUCUAGUGCUGUUUCUUUAUGCAGCUGUUUGAAAUGAAUAUUCCUAAUUGUUUUCAUGUAAUACUGGUACAAUGUUAUAGUCAAAACAAUACAAUUGAAAUGCGUUGAGCUCCCAUUAGAAAAACACAAUUACAAUGUGUAAAAACAUGACAUGCAUUCAACAGUUUCUGUGUCAUUUCACAUAAUUUUCUUCUGAUGCCUGUUCCAGGCACCCUGGAAGUCAGCCAGAUAUUGAUGUGUCUCAGUGUAUAAAUGAAUUCAGGUUAAUGGGGUUAAUUUAUUUAAAGCUUGUUGCCAGAAAUGUCUUGUUGCAGGUAAAAAAAAGAGGAAUAAAAAUGUGUAUAUAUAGAAGCAUGCCAGUAUAUAAUUUCUACCUAAAUGUAGCACUAGAUAAAUGCAACAAAUAAGCAGAAUCAGUUUCUAAUUUUAGAUUAUAAAGAGAAUUUUUAAGUAUCUGGGUUGAGUGAAGGGGAAAUCUAUACAUCUAUUUAUAUUCUUUGUAGAUAGGUGGUGCUUUCUGUAAGUCUCCGGUGACCUCUGUUUGUAAAUAGUGUACAUUUAAUUUAUUGCUCUGGUCUGGUCUUGUAUAGAAUGAAAUCUAAUGUUCACAAAUGUAUAUUUUGUUGCUUAAAUGUGUCUUUGCAAAAUUCACAAUAAAUGAACUAUUUUAUGUCCA